AAUCCAACUCACACGUCCGAUGUUGAGUUCAAGUCUUCCUGUCGUAUCACAGCACCAUUAGCAGCUCUCAUAAUACAACAAGAACAGUGCUACAAUGUGGCUGUCGAAGCUGUUCAGAAAGAAAAGUCUGCCACAAAAUUUGAAAAAACGGGCUUCUCAGAAACAAGCUUUAGUAGAAAUAGAAGCUAAUUGCCCAGCAUCUAUGAAACGAUGCGUUGAACUUGCCUCUGAAAAGGGUGCAUCAAAUUGGCUAUCCGUUUUACCGGUUGAAGAACAUGGUUUUCAUUUGAGCAAAGGAGAUUUUCGUGAUGCUUCAUGCAUGCGCUAUGGUUGGAUGUUACCAAAUCUACCUUCAAAAUGUGUCUGUGGAUCUGCUUUCAACGUUGACCAUGCAAUGGUAUGUUCUAAAGGUGGCUUUCCGACGCUAAGGCACAAUGAAAUUAGGGAUAUAACUGUCGAUCUUUUGACUGAAGUGUGUCAUGAUGUAGCGAUAGAACCGAUGUUACAACCUCUGACUGGAGAAAAGUUUCAGAAGAAAACAGUGAACAUUCGAGAUGAUGAUGCAAGAUUAGACAUUUCGGCAAGAGGUUUUUGGGGAGGAAGAUUUGAGAAGACAUAUUUUGAUGUCCGGGUGUUUAACCCCAAUGCCACCUCGUACACAUGUUUUGAAGUUGCAUCAUGCUAUAGAAGACAGGAACAAGAGAAGAAAAGGAAAUAUGAAGAAAGACUGAGAAAAGUAGAAAAUGCUUCCUUUACACCUAUUAUCCUUUCUUGCACUGGUGGCAUGAGCAAGCUUACAACGUCAUUUACCAAAAAGCUGGCCUCAAUGAUAUCUGAGAAAAAGGACACUCCAUACGGUAGCGUGAUCAACUGGCUAAGAUGUCGACUCGGGUUCGCACUCCUAAGAGCUUCCAUAAUGUGCAUCAGGGGCAGCAGGUGCAAACGCUACGUCAGGCCGGAAAACAAUAUUCUCCUGGCUACGUCUGAGGGGCACCUGGCCUCCUCAGCUUAGUGACUUUACUGUACAUGACAUAGUAGUAGUAAAAGUUGUACUAUUGUAUAUGACAGUAAUUGUUUAGUAGUAGUAAUAGUUUAUUGCCAUUCGCUGUAGGUUGCCGUUUGUGUAUACGUAGUCUGCUAUUGUUUCAAAUACACCAUAUCUUCUCAGUAGUAGUAGUAGUA